CACUCUCCUGGAAACCCACCCAGAAACUCCAUCCUCUGACACCAUGGCCAACUCUUGUUGUGGCUCUGUUUGCUCUGAUCAGAGCUGUGGCCAAGGCAUCUGCCAAGAGACCUGUUGCCAACCCAGUUGCUGCCAGACCACCUGCUGUAGGACCACCUGCUGUAGGACCACCUGUUGUCGCCCCCCCAGGUGCUGUGUGUCCAGCUGCUGCAGGCCCCAGUGCUGCCAAUCUGUGUGCUGCCAGCCCACCUGCUGCCAGCCCCCUUGCUGCAGGACCACCUGUUGCCACCCAAGCUGCUAUGUGUCGAGCUGUUGCCGUCCCUCCUGCUGCCAGACCACCUGCUAUAGAACAACCUGCUGUCGUCCCAGCUGCUUCGGCCGCCUCUGCCAGGAGACCUGCUGCCGCCCCCGCUGCUGCCGGACCACCUGCUGCAGGACCACCUGUUGUCGCCCCAGCUGCUGUGUGUCCAGCUGCUGCAGGCCCCAGUGCUGCCAGUCUGUGUGCUGCCAGCCCACCAGCUGCCACCCCUCCUGCUGCAUCUCUAGCUGCUGCCGCCCCAGCUGCUGCAGGCCCCAGGGCUGCCAGUCUGUGUGCUGCCAGCCCAUCUGCUGCCGCCCCAGCUGCUGCCAGACCACCUGCUGCAGGACCACCUGCUGCCGCCCCUCCUGCUGUAUCUCCAGCUGCUGCCGCCCCUCCUGCUGUGGUUCCAGCUGCUGUAGGCCCACAUGCUGCAUUUCUAGCUGCUGUCGCCCCAGCUGUUGCCCGACCAUCUGCUGCCGCCCCAUCUGCUCUAGUGGUUCUUGCUGCUGACUGCCCUGUCCUGUACCAUCAAUCACACUUCUUGCUGUGGUCCAACUGUGAGCUGAAUCAUGCGAGGCCAAUUGUAAAACUUCACUUCCAACCGAUUCUUAGACUGAAUCUGGCUUCCAAAUAGACUGGCCCCCCUCCGCCAUGUUACUAUUUCUCUCCCAAAUGAACACAAAGUUUACAUUUUCUCUCAAAUCUGUCAACCAACAAACCAUCCCAAUUGAUAUAUUUGUUCCCUGCCAGAUUUUCUCAUAUGGAUAUGUUCCCAGAUCUUAAAUAAAUCUUAAAUUUCCAGGCAUACAAAUA